CGCGGGAUGAUACAAUUGUUUCAUCGUCUAGAAGCUACAUAGUCAAGAAGGAUCAUUUUUAUCGGUGCAUUAUCCGGCCUUCAAAAACGGAGUCAUCGCCCGACGGGGUGCAUACGUGGAGUUGGAUUAUAAUAUGUGAAGUUGCCCGAUAGCUGAGAACAACAGUCGAAGGUCAGCUGGUAUGUCAAACAAUCAGCUGGUUGACUCUUGUUUACUCGUGAAUCGAAGGAUUGAGCAGAGACAGGAGCACAAUUUUACAAGAACUGAAAUAACACAAAGACGCGUUCUACAAGAUAAAGGCCCCGACAUGCCGCAAUAUACUGGACAAGGCGAGACUGACUACCAUGGAAGUAAUGGUCAGGCUGAUACACAUUCCCUGCAUUCAUCGCAUUUAUCAGUUCAGGAUGAUCCACUGCUUAUACGAACUCAUAAGCAGCAAACCUCACAACAAGUGACAACCGUGACGAAAGUUGUACGAGAAGUGUCACACAUGGAUCCAGAUCCAGGAGCCGUCAGUUAUAUGUCAGUUCCUCUAAUGUCACAAGAAUAUCAGCACACCGAUCCUCGAUAUGCUGCUGAUCCUUACAUGGUCAGUUUCGAUCACUACGAUCCAUAUCUUGGAUAUCCACCGCAACCGGGAUAUCCUGGACCACAUGGGAUUUAUAUGCAACGAUCGCAUUCACCUCACAGUCCUCACAGUCCUUCCGAACACAGUCGAGCCUCUCCUACGCCGCACGAAUAUUUACGGAAAGGAGCUCCGUAUGUUGAAAGCGGCUACAAUGAUAUAGAUCCUGGAUUAAAUCCAGCCUUGCAGGAUAAUUAUCGUAUUACACCUAGCCCGGGUGGUCCUGGAGAUCAAUACGAUGAGGGAAAAGUGGCCUACGGUUACGUGUCUCCGUCCCCCUAUGGCCCAGUUGCUUACAGUCCGAAUGUUGGAGUGGGACCAGUGCCAAUGCCAGCCGACGUACCUGGCUAUGAGGAGGGCCAUCCAGUUCCAUUGAGCGGUGGCGUUCCACCAGGUAUGUUCGAGGAUGACGUUCAUCUUCAACGGCUUCAAUCGCGACAUCCAGUUGUACCGGGAAUGGCGAGUCCAUUGGACGAUGAUCAAAAAUCGUUACGAUGGCGAGAUCCAAAUUUAUCUGAAGUUAUUGGUUUUCUGAGCAAUCCGAAUAAUAUAAUCAAAGCGAAUGCCGCUGCAUAUUUGCAGCAUCUUUGUUAUAUGGACGAUCCAAAUAAACAGAAGACACGCAGCUUGGGAGGUAUUCCACCGUUAGUACAAUUGCUUGAUCAUGAUAGUCCUGACGUAUAUAGAAAUGCUUGUGGAGCGCUUAGAAAUCUUUCUUAUGGCCGGCAAAAUGACGAAAACAAACGGGCCAUAAAAAAUGCUGGCGGUGUACCAGCAUUGAUUAAUUUAUUACGUAGAACAUCCGACGCUGACGUUAAAGAACUAGUUACUGGUGUCCUAUGGAAUUUGUCUUCUUGCGAGGAUUUGAAGCGGUCCAUUAUUGACGACGGAGUGACGAUGGUGGUGAAUAAUAUAAUUAUUCCACACAGCGGUUGGGAUCCAAGUUCUUCCAGUGGUGAAACUUGUUGGUCAACUGUAUUCAGAAAUGCUUCAGGUGUCCUUAGGAAUGUUUCGAGUGCUGGUGAAUACGCGAGGAAAAAAUUACGUGAAUGCGAAGGUCUUGUCGAUGCACUUUUUUAUGUUGUACGAUCAGCCAUUGAGAAGUCGAACAUUGGAAACAAAAUUGUGGAAAAUUGUGUUUGCAUUCUGAGAAACUUGAGUUAUCGAUGCCAGGAAGUCGAAGAUCCAAACUACGAUAAACAUCCUAUUCAGUCCACUGUACAAAACAGGGUAGCGGCACCAACUAAAGGUGAGAAUUUGGGUUGUUUUGGCGGAAGUAAAAAGAAGAAGGAUGGACAACCGGUGCAGAAGGAAACAACUACUGUGAGAACAACGUCGCCACGAACAGAGCCAGUUAAAGGGAUGGAAUUACUUUGGCAACCGGAAGUAGUACAAUCGUACUUGAGCCUUUUACAAUCAUGUUCGAAUCCCGAAACUCUCGAGGCGGCAGCUGGAGCUCUACAAAAUCUUGCAGCUUGCUAUUGGCAGCCCAGCAUUGAAAUUCGUGCUGCAGUUCGAAAAGAAAAGGGACUUCCCAUUCUUGUUGAACUCUUACGAAUGGAGGUUGACAGAGUGGUUUGUGCAGUCGCGACGGCACUUCGAAAUUUAGCAAUAGAUCAACGUAACAAGGAACUUAUUGGCAAAUACGCAAUGAGAGACUUAAUUCAAAAGUUACCUUCGGGAAAUAAUCAACACGAUCAAGGAACAAGCGAUGACACAAUUGCUGCAGUCCUCGCAACUUUGAAUGAAGUUAUUAAGAAGAAUGCUGAAUUUUCGAGGUCCCUACUCGACGCCGGGGGAGUUGAAAGACUCAUGAAUAUCACCAGGCAGCGACAGAAAUAUACGCCACGAGUUCUUAAAUUUGCUGGACAAGUUCUCUACACAAUGUGGCAGCAUCAAGAAUUAAGAGACGUUUAUAAAAAGCAUGGCUGGAAGGAGCAGAAUUUCGUGACGAAAACAGUCGCUGCUCGAAAUUCCGGACCUAAUUCACCAAACAAUGCAAACAGUUAUGAAUGCAGCACUCUGAAUCGACCAAUGGCAAGUCAAGGGAGCACUAGGUACGAAGAUCGUACUAUUCAACGGGGCAACGCCAAUUCCAACAACGUCGGACGAUCCACCAUUUAUCAGUCUCAAAACGAGGAGAUCGCAAUGUCUGAUAUGCAGUAUCCAAAACAAGGAACACACGCACCACCCGCUGGAGGCGUUUGCGUAUUUCCUCCCAACCCACAACCGAAACCCGGUGAGCCGCUGUACGCGCAAGUUAACUUGGAGAAGAAAAAGAAACGGCAGUAUGAGCUGGGGGUGGGCCAGGGCCAAGUGCAGGGGGCCCCGGUCGGAGCUGUGCAGGGUGUCGGUAUCGGAAGCACCGGCACACAAUGGAUCGGUGACGGUGUGGGAGUGGGUGUUGUGAACGUACAGGAAACUCCUGCUGCCACCGUAAACGUACCCCCGAAUUCAACAGCAGUGUCCGCAGGAGACUCCUGGGUAUAACAUGCUCUCGAUUAUCUCUAAAGAAAAUUAAUGCUUUCCAUCUCUAUUUAUGCGAGAGCGAAUAAUUUCAACAAAAAAAAAGAAAAGAUUUUUCUUUCUUUUUUUUUCAUGAGCACAUAUUCAUGGAGAUUUUUCUCGAAGCCGAUCGUAAUUCACUUUAAUUUCUCUAAAGUGAUAUUGACGAUGCAAAAAUCACAAUUAUUUGUUUUUUUGACUGAAUACACAAUAAUUGUAUCUUAUCGAGCUGCCAGAAAACUAUUUUCAACUCAAUAUUCUGUGAUUAUUUUUUUUUGAUUUUUUAUUCUUAAAUCAGAAGUUUUUUUUUGUAUUGUUUAUCGUAUCAGAUUUUUUUCUGAUUAAAAUAUCAGAUUUUCUUCUGAUUUUUUGUAUCUGAUUAUUUUAUUCUUAUGUGAAGAAGUUUUCUAUUUUAGACGAGUUUGCAAAGUUCUUUCUUCGUAUGAAAAUGUAAAUCAACUCCUUCGUGAAUGCUGAAAAUUUUCUAUU